AUUUAGAAACGUCACUGCAGACAAGCUCAACAGUGAUACUUUCAUUACAGUUACAUUUUUGUUCAAAGUGAAGGAGGUGAAUGGAGAAUGUGAGGAUGAUGAUUAAUUAUUUCUGAUGGUGCAAAAUUUCAAGGAGCUUCUCUGAAAACUAUCUCAUCUCCAGAGUACUAGACGAUCAAAGGUGAAGCCAUGUGAAAUGGAUUCCUCUUUUGCUAAUCUUUUUGCCGGCUUUGAGGAAGUUAAAGAAUCUACAAAAAUUGACAUUCCUCUAGGCGAGAAAAGAAAGUUCAUACCACCUGCUUCACUGAAGAACCCUAAGUUGGAAGAAUUAAUGACGUUUCUCAUUGAUUGGAUCAAUGCCACAUUGAAGGAAGAUCACAUUGUUGUUAAGUCACUGGAGGAAGACCUGUAUGAUGGAUUAGUGCUGCACCAUCUGUUAGUACAUUUAGGUAAAGUCAACCUGGAUGUAGAAGAAAUUGCAUUGUCUGCCAGUGCACAGAAACAGAAAUUGAGUGUUGUGUUGGAUAGAGUGAACCAGCUUCUCCAAGUUACAGAGGAUGACUAUCUGAACUGGAAUGCAGACUUGAUCCAUAACAAGGACUUGAUUGCCACUUUGCAUCUCCUCGUUGCCAUUGCAAAGCUUUUCAGACCUGACAUUCCCCUUCCAGAAAAUGUGUGCCUAGAAGCAUUAAUCAUUGAGAUUGACAAAACAGGAAUAAAAACAACAAAACACUUGGAAUGUAUCACAGAGAAAAGAAGGGAUGAUGAAGAACAAAAUCAAACACAGGAAACAGACAAUAUUAAUGACCUCUUUAAGCUCAAGUCUGACAAAAUUAAAGUGGUGCAACAGGCAUUGCUUCAUUUCGUUAACAAACAUGUGGGAAGGCUUGGUGUGACUGUGAAGGAUCUUAGCACACAGUUUUCCAAUGGAGUGAUCUUGAUUCUAUUAAUUGGACAGCUAGAAGGCUAUUUCAUUCAUCUAAGUGAAUAUUAUUUAAACCCCUCGGAUGACAAAGAAAAGCUUCACAAUGUCUCUUUUGUGCUGGGGCUUCUUGAAGACGGAGGACUGUUAAAUUAUCCAAUCAAUCCUCAAGACAUUGUAAACUUGGACACCAAGGCCACAAUCCGGAUCUUGCAUUGCUUGUUUGCUAAGUACAAGGACAAGUGAAGGAGAGCAGAGAAUAUCAUGCAGCAUGAAAGAAAACUUCAACCAAGUUGAUUGCAGGUCAUCAGAUUGAGAAAGGAAAGAGACUUGUGUUGUAACAUACUAUAAACAUCUUAGUGGUUAAAGGUUUCAUACAUCCUCUGCAUAAAAUAUUAAAACAAUUGCCUAAUUAUCUUCACACAAUUAGCUGAAAUUAACUGCAGCACAAUUUUGCUUAGAAUUUAUAAUUCAUACAAAAUUUAUAAAGAUAAAGUAACACUCUCUGAGUUAAAUCUUUUUAAAUAAAACCUAAUGGCAAAUUACUUAGUUAAUGUGCAAACAUUAAUCUGGGAUCAUUAAGAACUGAAUAACAUUUCACAGAAGUAAAUAAUUCAGCCUUUGUUUAAUUCUUCCCCUCAUUGUCAGUGGGAUUUAACAAGCCUCUGUUUUCUCUGUUUUUGUUGCAGUGAGCUCAAUUGUAUUGUGACUUAAUGCAAUGUCAUUCUCAAAGGCUCAGUGCUGUCUAGCCAAAUACAUGAGGAAUUAUACAGCGAUAAA